AUGGAUAUGCUAGAUCAGGACUCGGAGGCGUGCCUCGAGUGGUUCCGUCCGUGGCUCGAGUCAAUAGCUGCGUCCGAGUCACCGCGGUCUUCAACGUGGGACGAAAACAUUCCGCACUACACAAAGCUCCAAAACGCCGCCUCCUUGAACGAGAUAGCGAUAGAACUGUAUCACGAGAUACACAAAGGCGACCUUUCUCUGCAGGAGCUCACCCAGCAUAUUGGACAAAUAGGCGAUGUGCUUAACCAAGUGGACCUCAGGCAGCUCGCCACCCAGCCGAAGUCGCGCAGUAACAAGAUGCUCACGGCAUUCCUCGACUCCUCUGACAUAUCGGAUGCGCUGCAGGAGUGCCACCAGCAGGAUUCUUACGCGUACGUAUACCUGCUGGUGAGGCUGCUGUACGAGGUGUUGCUGUACACCAAGUCAACUUCCGUGAGACUCUUCUGUUUCUAUCAAAUCGUAAGGAACACGAAGGUCAUGCGUAUUCUCUUCGGGCUCUUCACGCGUGAAGUUUGCAUAAGGGGUGCGGAGGGGUACGUUGAGGGCAAAACUCCCGCCGUGGUUGACGCGCUCGACACCAUAGGGCAGCUGCCCCGGCAAUUCUCUGUCAACGUGAUGGACACUAUACUUAUGCAAAUGCUGGAGGCGCACGAUAUAAACCUUAAGGUAUGUGGGUUCGAACUGCUGAAGCUUUGUCCACGCAUCGUUGCCUGUAAUCCGCAGCUGCUGGGCGAGCUUCGGGACGCGCUGGUCGGGCCUGUUGAUGAUUUCGCCACCAAAUCUGCCGUAGCGCUGAUCGGUGUGCUGGAAUACGUCCCAAAGGAGGUUGCGCAGAUAUUUUUGAGAUGCAGCCACGAGCACACUCUUGCGGUAGAGUGCAGCCCCCAACGGGUACAGUCAUUUUGCUGCGUCGCGCUUGGGUGCCGUCUUCAACCACUCUACAAAACGGCGUUUCGCAUGUGUUGGAACAUCUGGAUCCACAUCGAAUCGUGUAGGGAGCAGCGGCAGACGUCGGAGACGCUUAUCGUUCGUGAAUCGCAAUUCUACUUGAUGCUGACCAGCACGAUUCUCUGUCUGGACCGUCCAGAUUUGGAGAUGCGACAGAGACGAAGGCUGGAGUCGCUUUUUUACGACCAGAGGGAACGGGAAUCCGGCAUGGAAGUGGCACUCUGUCUCAACCUACUCUACAAACACUACGCAGAUGUCAAAGAGCUAACCAAGCUAUGUAAAAUGGAAGUCAAAGGGACCAACGUUUAUAAGGAUAUGAACUGUAUUCUAUUCAAGAUGAUCAUUCGGCAGUUCAAGGAAAGUAAGAGCUCGAAGACAUUCGUGAACGCUGUUGCCCUAUUCGAGUCUUUGGUGUUCACAGACGCCGCCAACAUUAAACUGCUACGUGAUAUCAAAGACGCGUUCAAGCAUUUGAAGGCAAACUAUUCGGAGUACAUGCUACGCAUCUUGCGAGUAGCUGCCACGCAGUACCCCGCCCUCACCGGCGAACUGAGUUACCUCCAAACGAUAGUCUUGCGGAUGAUGGCAAACAUCAUCAAAAUGUGCUACGUCGUCGAACCACAAAAGUUGGCCAGAAUGAUGCCCGAAAUCAAGGAAGUUGUUGAACUCACCGAUCUGAGGUUCCUCUUCAAGCCGCUGCUCUCUACGGAAGAUUUCGGUACAUUGGACGACGGACUAACGGCGACGCAGGUGAACCUUUGGGUGGGCACCUUGUACGACUUGACCCACAUAAAGCCUCCAAAGAUACACAACUUCGUAACUGUGCCUGUGACCAUCGAUUUGUUGACAGGGAAGCUGAGAAACGUCGGUGAGACGGGUCCGGUGAGGGUCACCGUCAUAACGAAAAAGGACGGCUUCAACUCCAGCGUACUGCAUGGGCACGUUCGCUCGUUGUUUGUAGAUGGCUUUGAAAGAAUCGGCAGCGGGGGUGUAAUGGGUCUGGCAAUAAACCUCGCCUUGAGGCUUGGGUUAUAUGACGAAGCGGCAAACUAUCUCAGGCAGCUGGAGCUGUGGACGAGCGAAACGCUGCUGUGGUUUCAUGCGCUGCACUUAUACGCCAAAGCGGAGAUAGAAUCCGACGAAAUCAAAGCCGUGCAGCUGCGAGUGCAGUGCUUGGAUGCCUUGGAGACAUACAGUCACCAGUGCACUUCGUGGGCAGUGGGCGAUUCCAAAAACGAUGUGAUGGCACCGGAACUGAAUUACAACGUCCCGGGCCUAGUGACACACGUUUGGUGUGUCCUCAGACUUGUGUUUCAGGUGGCUGUCGGCCACCUGCAGCAAGCGCUAAACGAAAGCCCCUAUGGCCCAACAGCACUGGCACCCGUGUUCGUCGGAUUAUUCGGUCACUUCAAGACGCUCAGAUGGGCAUUCCGAGAUCUAUGUUGCGAAACCACACACAUUUUACAGGUCUACGAGGGUCUCUGCAUCCUGCUCCACGCCAUCUGCUCGGUGGAACCGGCGCCGGAGGUUAAAAAGGAGGAAGCCGGAAGUCAAAAUCCGGAGGACUCACAACACAACACAGAUCCGGAUGAAGCACUGAGGAACUACAUAACGAACCUAUUCUCCGAAGACGAUGUCCACAUGCCCGAAACCUUCGCAAUUGUGGAACUUAUCGACCCGGCGAUACGGGCUCAACUCUAUGCGGCGCCCGCCAUAAUGGCGGCCCACAAAACCCUCAUCGGCGCUGUGACGAAACCAUGCAGCGACGUCGCUGCGGCGAAGGUGGAACCGGCGGUGCCACAGGUGAUGCCAACACACGUGUCUCAGCUGUCCCUCGAGAGCGUCCUGAAAGAGUUCGUCCUGUUCUCUCGUGUGCGCACCAACAAAGAGAAAAACAGCACUAGGAAAUCGACCGUUUCCGAUGAUUCUAACGCGGUUGCGGCAACGCAGUGCGACGCAUUCGUCUCAUACUUGUCGAGGGAUAUGGACCCCCUGGCGCCGUUGCUACUUCUUGCCAAGACGUGCGACACACAUAACAAGAACGCAAAGGCUGUUGAGGAGCUGCUGAAAGCUAUAAGAGCCCUCCAGCUGCCAAUGCCGGUGGGGGUCAUCAAAACGUUCCCCCUCCCCUUCGCGGCCUUGACAGCACUGGUGGUAUACGAGCAACGUUCCGGCGACGGCCCAGCGGCCGUACACAUACAAGGGUCAAUGCGUAACUGUGCUUGCCGGGUGGCGUGGAUCAAGAUAAAGCUCGAGGUGCUCGACGAUGGUGCCAGCAGCCCCGUGAUAUUUAGAAAAAGGUUCAAAAUGCAUCGCAACGUUAUAGACAAGUAUGUACACCUGUACUUGGAUCUACAAUACGUCGAAGCGCUCAGCUUCAGCUGUCUGCCGCUGAACAGUGGCGGCUACCCCUGCGGCGUGCCCACACAUUUCAGGCCGACGUUGCGGGAGAUACCUACCUGA